GAUUCUCAUCGUCACGUUCCUCCCCCACGACUGCCCACCACUACUUCAUUCUCCUCAUGGAAUCCUCCUGAAAAAUCGUCUUACACCGCUAUUAGCCCCUUCGUUACGAAUCCCAACAAAUAUCGCAACGAGUACACUGCCAGCUGUAACUAUCGCCCGAAUAAUACCUAUUUAAGCCACUUUGACGACAUCGUCAACUCUGGAGCCUUUUCAUCUGCCCUUUACUCAACUACAAGGUUGAUUGAACGGUCACGUAGCCGUACUCGUGAACGCCGGCAGGCAAUGCGCUCCCAGAGAUCCAUGUCCAACUACUACAGGUACACAUCGCAGUAUCCGGCUCCACAACGUGCUCGUGAGUACUCAACGCCGCCGUCGCGUGAGUACAGCAGGCCACCAUCGCGAAGCGGAUCGUUCAUCUCGUUCAUGGAGUAUUCCGGAUCAAAGAACGGCGAACUUUCUCGCAAUGCUUCUCGCUCAUCCAUCUACGACUCUGCUCUUUCUCGUAGCGGGUACAGUACAGUAUUGAAGUCUUGA